GGGGGCGCGCGCAGGCGGUUGCGCGCACGUGCACGCGCUCCUCGCGUGCACGCGCAUGUCACAUGAGGCAGCGGUGGCCGCGGCAGCCAGGGAGCCCGAGUGCCCCCUCCCCCCGCCCCUCCCCCUCCGUCCUCCUCCUCCUCCUCCUCCUCUGGGGAGGCCUGGGGUGGAUGGAGGAACGCCGCCGCUGCUGGGGCCGGGGCCCGGGGUUAUUGCCGCCACGGCUCCGGCUCGGGCGAGCGGGCUGAAGCCGCCGCAGCCGCCACCGCCGCCUUCGCCUUCGCCGCCGCCGAAGCAGCCGCCGGGCUCAAGGAGCUCAGGAUCCUCAUGCUAUCCACUGAUCCUUCAGAGGCGCAUCGGGACUGGUGACUCACAAGAUUCUGAGAGCGACACCAUGGACAACCCAGGCUUUCGCAGAGGGAGCUUCAGUAGCUCAAAUAGCAGCACCAGUGACGAAGCUCUGGUGGAAAUCUCAGGGACCACUUUGGACUUCUCCAUGACAGAUGAUGUCCCCCCACUCGAUAGAGAUCUGGGAGAGUUCAUGUCCUACAAUGGAGAAGGAGCAAAUGUUCCAAAUAAGAUGAUGGAUUUCUUAGAGGAGCCUAUCCCGGGAGUGGGAACCUAUGAAGACUUCAAUACAAUUGAUUGGGUGAGGGAGAAAUCCAGAGACCGAGACAGGCACCGAGAGAUCACCAAUAAAAGCAAAGAGUCCACCUGGGCCCUGAUUCACCGUGUGAGUGAUGCCUUUUCAGGAUGGCUGCUGAUGCUGCUUAUUGGGCUCUUAGCAGGCUCCCUAGCUGGCUUGAUAGACAUCUCUGCUCAUUGGAUGACUGACUUGAAAGAGGGCGUCUGCCUGAGGGGCUUCUGGUUUAACCAUGAACAUUGCUGCUGGAAUUCUAAGCAAGUCACCUUUGAAGACAGAGACAAAUGUCUUGAGUGGAAUAGCUGGUCCGAACUGAUCAUCAGCAAGUCUGAGGGAGCCUUCGCCUACAUCCUCAAUUAUUUCAUGUAUGUCCUCUGGGCCCUCCUGUUUGCCCUUCUGGCCGUCUCCCUUGUCAGGGUGUUUGCACCCUAUGCCUGUGGCUCUGGGAUCCCUGAGAUUAAGACCAUUCUGAGUGGUUUUAUCAUUCGAGGUUAUUUGGGAAAGUGGACGCUGAUCAUCAAAACCAUCACUCUGGUGCUGGCAGUGUCCUCUGGCCUGAGCUUGGGCAAAGAAGGCCCCCUUGUACAUGUGGCGUGUUGCUGCGGAAACAUCCUGUGCCACUGUUUCACCAAGUACAGGAAGAAUGAGGCCAAGCGCCGAGAGGUCUUGUCGGCAGCAGCGGCAGCGGGUGUUUCUGUGGCCUUUGGAGCUCCCAUUGGUGGGGUGUUAUUCAGCCUGGAAGAGGUCAGUUAUUACUUUCCCCUCAAAACAUUGUGGCGAUCUUUCUUUGCUGCUUUGGUGGCAGCAUUUACUCUGCGUUCCAUCAACCCUUUUGGGAACAGCCGGCUGGUUCUGUUUUAUGUAGAGUUUCACACUCCAUGGCAUCUCUUGGAGCUGGUGCCAUUUGUGCUCUUGGGGAUCUUUGGGGGCCUCUGGGGAGCCUUCUUUAUCCGGGGCAACAUCGCCUGGUGCCGCAAGCGCAAGAAUACCCAGCUGGGCAAGUACCCAGUGCUGGAAGUUCUCAUUGUGACAGCUAUCACCGGCAUCCUGGCUUUCCCCAAUGAGUACACACGAAUGAGCACCAGCGAGCUGAUCUCUGAGCUCUUCAAUGACUGUGGUCUCCUGGACUCCUCCAAGCUCUGUGAUUAUGUGAGCAACUUCAAUACCACCAAAGGGGACCAGCUGCCAGACCGGGCAGCCGGGGCAGGGGUCUACACAGCCAUGUGGCAGCUCUCCUUGGCCCUCGUCAUGAAGAUUCUCAUCACUAUCUUCACCUUUGGGAUGAAGGUCCCCUCUGGUCUCUUCAUUCCAAGCAUGGCUGUUGGUGCCAUAGCAGGAAGACUCCUGGGUGUGGGUGUAGAACAGCUAGCUUUCUAUCACCAUGACUGGCCUAUCUUCAGGGGCUGGUGCAGCCCAGGAGCUGAUUGUAUCACACCUGGCCUUUAUGCGAUGGUAGGCGCGGCCGCCUGCUUAGGUGGAGUGACUCGCAUGACUGUGUCCCUGGUUGUCAUCAUGUUUGAACUCACGGGUGGCCUGGAGUAUAUUGUGCCCCUAAUGGCUGCAGCUAUGACCAGCAAGUGGGUGGCAGAUGCCAUUGGGCGGGAAGGCAUUUAUGAUGCCCACAUUCGCCUCAAUGGAUACCCCUUCCUAGAGGCAAAAGAAGAGUUCACCCAUAAGACUCUGGCGAUGGACGUGAUGAGACCCCGUCGAAGCGACCCAACGCUCAUGGUCCUCACCCAGGACAGCAUGACCGUGGAGGACGUAGAGACACUAAUCAGUGAGACCACCUAUAGUGGCUACCCAGUGGUUGUGUCUCGAGAGUCUCAGAGGCUGGUGGGAUUUGUCCUCAGGAGAGACCUCAUCAUUUCCAUUGAAAAUGCUCGGAAGAAGCAAGAUGGCAUUGUGAGCACUUCCAUCAUUCAUUUCACGGAUCACUCGCCUCCGCUGCCUCCUCAUGCCCCACCUUCGCUCAAACUUCGCAACAUCCUGGACCUCAGCCCUUUCACCGUGACAGACCAAACGCCCAUGGAGAUCGUGGUGGACAUAUUCCGAAAGCUGGGACUUCGUCAGUGUCUGGUCACGCACAAUGGGCGGCUCCUGGGAAUUAUUACCAAAAAGGAUGUAUUGAAGCACAUAGCCCAGAUGGCGAACCAAGAUCCCGAUUCCAUACUUUUCAACUGAAGUCUCAGAACUGCGCUGCGGGGGUGACACUUGCAAGAUGGGACUCUUUCUCUGUUCACCCAGUGCAGCAACUUGAGCCUUUCCCACGGGGAAUCCUGCAUUCUUUGUGACUUCCUUCUCAGCUAACCUGCUGCACGACAGAACUUUCCCUAGGGGAGAGCUUGCUCCUGAGGCUUUUGUGAAGGCACACUGCAGAGAUUUCAUGAAAGAGUAAAGCAGAUUGCCCUAGGAGAACGCUCUUCCUUUCCCUGCCCCUGCCCUAUCCUCCCCCCUUCUCUUCCCUCCUGCCCACCCUUUGCUUUUCUUCUCUGCCUUUUCCUUGCCCCUUGCCCCCUGCCCCCUCUUCUCCUUUGCUUCUUUUUUUAAGAAGAUCUUUAUUUUUUUAACUUGGUAACUAAUGAUUAGCCAGCUUAGCCAUGACUAAAGCCUCUGCAAGGAACCUCUUGGCCCACCCGGCCCCCUCUACUGUCUCCUGACCCUUUCGGAGGUCCUGAUCGACCUACAGACUCGUUCCUUACUUGGUUUACUGACAGGAAACCCCCAAAGGCCCGCCCAUGGGGUGCUCCCCAGAUUAGGGGGAGGGAGUCCAUGUCAUAGCAGAUGUCCAAGCAUUUAGCAGGGCUCCCUGUAAAGGGGCUAGGCAGAGGCAGGGGAGCCCGAUAGCCUCUCUGUAUGGUCCUCCCAGGAUGCUGCUUGAUCUGACCUCCCCAUGUAUGCAGGGAGGCUCGCUUCUAGAGCUUGCUUGCCCAUUGCUCAUGCUACUCUACUCAUAUGCAAAGCAGAAAUGUUAGCCCGCUUUCUCUUGGCCUGCAAAGGCUUCCUGUUAAUCAGUUCUCUUUGUUAAUAGCAGCAAAGAAUGAGUUCUGAAGUGUUUCUGAAAGAAACACCCUCUGAAAAUUGAUUCAUUAAAGACGUGAGGAGAAGCAAA